AUGGCCAGUGAACAGGAUUUGUGGAGCAGUCCUUCAGAUCAUUCCUCGAGAAGACAAAUCCAAGGCUCUACUUCCAACAGCAGUAAUUCCAAUAUCAAGACAAGCAAUGGCACCAAGAGCAGCAGGUCUCAAAGAAACAGUGAACUCACGGAAUACUCCGAGGACUUUGAUGAUCGCAGCAGCAGUACUGAGUCAUUCAAAGGAGAAGAUGAGGAAAGAAAACUGCAGGAGACAAAGAAUGAAACUGUUGAGAAAAACAACAACAUGAGCAACCAAAAAACAGUACAAACUAAACCAAGGUUUAAAGUGCUGCAAAGUUGGAACCAGUCUACAUUUAAGAAUAAAUCACAAAAAAUUACUAAAAUAAACACCGAGGAGCAGGGUAAUGAUUCAGUUACUCGCCACAUCCUGUCAGCCAGACUGAACAAAACGAAGGAGUUGAAGAAUGAGGUGUAUGACCUCCAGAGAGAGCUGAAAAAUGCCAGGUUGGAGAACAAGCUGCUCAGGCGGCUUCAGUACCGACACAUGAAGGCCCUGGUGAAGUUCGAGGACGAGCAGAACAAUUUGCCCCAGUUAUUAACCAGGCACACAAACGAGAUACAAAUGUUGAAGGAGAUGCUGAGGAGGUCAAAGGAGCAGGACCGGUAUGUGUCGAAGCAACUAAAAGAGGCGGAGGCAGAGCUGUGGAAAACAAAGAACACUCUACAGAAGCUAAAGACUAUCUGCGAAAAGAAGGACUUGGAAGAACGGGACGAGCUGACCUGUAAACUGACUGAGCUGACAAAGAAACUUGAGAUUGAUGAACGUAAGAUCCAGGACUUGGAGAGAAUUCUGGAGUUAAAAGGUAAAAGUUUCAAUCAUCAGCUGGCAACAGAACACAGAAAGACACGGGAGGCACUUGAUCAGAUAAAGAAGCUCGAAAUGGAGCAACGCACCCUGAACCAAAUGCUGACGGAGAAAGAAAGGCUCUUGGAAGCUCGAAAUAUCUAUGUUAAUCGGAUCACAAAGAAUAACUCAUCAUCACCAAGACGCAAAGCAAACAUAGCCAAAGCAAUACAGACAGAAGAACGUAUUUCUCCCAUCAAUUCCUUUUCUCCACACAAUGUCCUUCCAAAUGUAGAGAAGACCAUCGACAGUAAGAAAGAGGCUCUGAGAGAUGUCGACGAUGAAGACAAAGAAUCAAUUAGACAACUCAUAAAGGACGACAAUGAAACAGAAUCUGAGGCAGUGAAAUUAAGAAAAGAAUAUGAGCAGGCAGAGAAGAGAUGGAAAGAGAUGGUCGAGAAAGAUAUCUUGGAAAACCUGGAAAAGGAAAAAAGAGAAAAACAGGAGAAAGAGCGAGCUGCCCAAAUUUUGAAGGAAGCCCUUGAGAGUAAAGAAUUCAGAGAUCAGGAGGAGACCACGUCGAUGAAGGAAAGAGAACAGCAAAAAGCUGAGACAGACGGAGAUGAAUCACCACUAGAUGAUGUAAUCAAGGAAGCAGAUGAGGCCUUUCCAUUGACUGACAGCUCCAAUAAAACUCCUUCUAGGCUCAGAAGACGUUACAGGUUCACAGAGCAAACUGAAAAUCUCCACAAAGGGCUUCCUGUCUACAAACUAUCGUGCGUGGGCCAAAAUAACAGCAAAAGACGACAUGAAAGGUCGGAAAAUGAGGAGUUGCUGGAUCUGGGCUCUUCAUUCAGGAGUUAUGAGCCAUCCUUUGGGAAGUUUUGCAGUCAAGUGAAUGAACUGAGGCAACACGUAGGGGAUGGACAAAGUGCAAAACCUGAGAACUGUUUUCCAUCACUUUCAAGGAAUGACAAGAAAAACAGCUUCAUAGAAACAUUAUUUCAAUCAGGUGACUCUUUAGAAAGUAAAACCUCAAAGGGCAGUGAAGCUAAAGCCUCUGAGAAACUAAAGCAACUACAAAGAAAUAAACAGUCAAGUCAAAUUCAGGUUACCAAUCAAAACAGAUUGAAUUUUCUGGAUCCUGACUUGCUGCCUGGAAGGAUGUUGGAAUCAUCCACAGAUGAAAGUGAUAAGCUUGUUAUACAGUCACUAAAUAAAUAA